AUGGGGAUUUGUGUGGCGCUCUGGCUGCAUGACAGAACAUGCAGGACGGUGGUGCAGGCAGACAUAGUGUUUCUGGUGGAUGAGUCAUGGAGUGUGGGCCAGACCAGCUUCUCCAGUGUCAAGGACUUCAUCUCAGCCAUCAUCUCCUCCUUCAAGGACAGUGUGAUGGGGACUGAGGGGGUGCGCUUUGGAGUCACCGUCUUUGGGGAUGUCCCGAGGAUGCGGAUUGCUUUGACGGACUACAGCUCACUGGAGGAGGUGCUCAGAGCCAUCAGAGACCUUCCUUAUGAGGGUGGAUCCAGGAGGAUCGGUGAUGCCCUCCAGUUUUUGGUUGACCCUGUGUUCAGUCCUGUCAUCAGUCGAGACCAUGCCCCAAAGAUCGCUGUAAUGAUCACAAAUGGGCGUUCAGAUGACCGGGUCGACGCCGCAGCCAAGGCAGUAGCUGACAAUGGGAUUUCUCUCUUUGCAGUAGGUGUCAGGGGAGCUGAUGAGUCAGAGCUGAUGAGGAUUGUGUCAGAGCCACGCGAGGAGCACCUAUUGCUGGGCCCCGACUACUCUCUCCUUGAAGCCGUCCUUCCCAAACUGUCCCGCAGAGUGUGUUUUACUGCCUCCGAGCCACCGCUUCCUGUGAAAAAGUCCCAGCCUAUUGAAGAGCGUGUGGUGGGUCCCAGAGACUUGCAGAUUAGCGAGUUGGCCCACAGUUCCCUCAGACUGACAUGGAGCCAGGCCACAAGUGAUGUCACUGGAUAUCGUCUCCUGGUCACCCCUCUCAGCUCCAAGGGACACCUCCUCCCUGUACACCAAAGACAGAUUGAUCUGAAGGCAGAUGUGAGCACAACAGUGGUGACGGAGCUGAGUCCCAAAACAGACUAUUCCCUCACCGUCUAUGCCAUCUACCCCAAUCUCAUAGGAGACUCUGCAACAAUCACCGUCCAGACAACCCCUUUGCCUCAAGUGUCAAACUUCCGUGUUAUUGAGGAGGGUCUGUUCUCUCUGCGCCUGGGCUGGACGCCUCCGCUAGGGAAGCUCAAUGGAUUCAAGAUCUUCAUCCCAAGAUCCAACCGACCAGGGUUUACUUAUGAGCACCUGCUUCCUGGAGACACCUCUUCUCAUGUGAUUGACAGCCUGGAGGAGGAUAAGAAGUACAUUAUCAGUAUUUAUGCUGUUUUCCCCCAAGGACCAAGUGAACCGGUUUCAGUAGUGGGCAAGACAUUAAAGCUUGUACAAGUUCAGCAGUUCCUGGUCCAGAACGCCACCACAGACACUGUCCAGGCGAGGUGGCCCUCAGUCAAGGGUGCCACAGGCUACCGUCUGACGUGGGAAUCCCCAGAUGGCCACAUAGAGAACAUAAACCUGGGGGACAACUUUAACUUCUACAUGAUCCAGGGCCUCCACUCAGGCUCUGAGUACACCGUCACCAUCAACCCCAUCUUUGGAGACACUGAGGGGCCCAUCACCUCCACCAAAGUCAAGACAUUGGAAAGCAGUGCAGUACAGACUCUGAAGGUGUCCGCUGUGAGCACCAGUGCUGCUGUCGUCUCAUGGAACAGUGUCCCAGGAGCUACAGGAUACAGACUGGCCUGGGGACCCACCCCAGAGUUUCUUGGUCGGGACCGUCCCAGGCAGCUGGCUCUGAACGGCAGCACCACAGAGUACCAGCUGAAGAAUGUGGCCCAUGACACAGAGUAUGUCCUGACUCUCUAUGUGCUGUUUGGAUCUGUGGUGGGGCCUGGUAUCUCUGCUACCUUCAGAACCUCUCCGUUGGGCUACGUGUCCAACUUCAAGGUGAUAUCCUACACCAGCACCUCCAUAGAUGUGGAGUGGAGUCCCAUAGUUGGAGCUACUGAGUACAAACUCUCCUGGAACACAGAUGGUAGCAGCCCUCAGUCCCGUUACCUGGACCGCAGUGUUCUCUUCUAUCGCAUCGAAGACCUGAACCCACAGUCCUCCUACACGAUCACCAUCUGCGCAGUGUACGGCAACUCAGAGGGACCAGAUAUCUCCUUAACUCAGCUCACAGCUGCCGUCUCAGACUCAGGACCAAUUCAGGCACUGAGGGAGGUGAAGGUUGUGGACAUUGGAGUCAACUCAUUCACCCUAUCCUGGAGGAAAACACCAGGGGCAUCUGGGUACAAAAUCUCCUGGAUCCCCUUCCUGGGGGGCAAUGAGAAGUCCCAUGUGGCGUCUUCUGCUUCUACCACCUACACCAUCCACAACCUGCAGGAGAGCUCAGCUUAUAAGAUCCAGGUGUCCUCCAUGGUGGGCAAUAGGCUUGGAAGCCCAGUCCUGGUCACUGCACGUACCUUGGAUCUUCCAAAGGUGAAUGGCUUCGCUGCUCUGAACACUACAGACAGCAGCACUGUCCUGAACUGGACACGUGUGGCUGGUGUCUCUGGAUACCGUCUGUCCUGGAGGCACAUCUCAGUGUUGGAGACUAAAACAGAGAUCCUGGGCCCUGGUUUCACCUCCUAUAAGAUCAAUGAUUUGCUGUAUGGAAGAACCUAUAUUUUUACCAUCAGACCUUUGUAUGGAGAAGUGGAGGGCCCUAUAAGCACGGUGUAUCAGAGAAUAUUGGGACAGGAGCCUUCGGUGGUAACAGUCCAGUCCAUGCCAGGCACAGUCGCCCCUCACAUCACGACCGCCUCCAUCACCAACACCACCACCACUCACACGGCCGUCAGGACCACCCGGCGCCCCAUUGUUGUGCCACAGACUAAAUCCAUAACCACCAAGAAGCCUCCAGGUCAGCCAAGCGUCACUGAGGCCAGGGCAGGAGUCACCACCGUUCGAUUAACUACAUUCAGUGCAGCGACAACAGCUCCACCAAGACCGGUGUGCGGUAAGAGCAAAGCAGACAUAGUGUUCUUAGUGGAUGAGUCCUCCAGCAUUGGUGUGAACAACUUCAUCAAGAUGAAAGACUUCAUGUUCCGGGUGGCCACUUACUUCCCUGUCAUUGGCUCUCAGGCCACACAGAUAGCCGUGGUUCAUUACAGCGAUGAGCCUCGAAUUGAAUUCCGUCUCAAUGACUUCAAAGACAGAAACUCUGUGCUCAGGGCGCUCAGAGCUCUGCGUUAUGUAGGGGGCAACACCAGAACAGGAAAAGGCAUCAGCUACGUCCUACAGGAACUGUUCCAGGAGUCUCUGGGGAUGAGGCAGGAUGUGGCCCACGUUCUGGUUCUAAUUACAGAUGGCAGGGCCCAGGAUAACGUGGAGCCUCCCUCCAGAAUUGCACGUGCUCUGGGUGUCAGUGUCCUGGCAAUCGGAGUCUCUAAUGCAGACAUCGAGGAGCUGAAUAAAAUAGCAGCACCCACCAACUACAAAAACAUCUUCUACGCACCAACCUUUGAUGACUUCCCUUCCAUAGAGAGAGAGUUUAUCAAUAGCAUCUGUAGUGAGGAACUCCUCUCCGAGUUCAAACUGCAUGACGAGUUCGCUCAGUUAGACACUCCGACAGAAGACCCAGAGGAGCUGCUCAAACCUGAAGGUCCCUGCCCGUCCACGUGUGCGAAGGGCCAGAAAGGGGAGAAGGGCGAUGGUUUUGGUGUCGGAGGUCUGAGAUUUCGGCAAAGUCCUGGACAGUAUGAUCCUUUCACCUCUUCCAAAGGAGAAAUGGGAGAAAGGGGACCUCCAGGAACAGAUGGCGUACCUGGGUUGCCAGGACGACCAGGGAGAACUGGACCACCAGGUUCUGCCGGCCAACGGGGCGCUCCAGGCGUUCCAGGUGAUAUGGGUCUGCCUGGACCAGCUGGUUCAAAAGGACAGAGAGGAGAGAGAGGAGAGCCUGGAUAUGUUAUAGCCGGCACAGACGCAAAUUUUGUUCCUGGACGAAAAGGAGAGCCGGGAUCUUCAGGUCCUCAGGGACCUCCUGGUGUACCAGGGGUCAAUGGAGCUCCGGGACUACCUGGCCAGCUAGGACCAGCAGGGUCACCGGGAGUAUCUGUCAAGGGAGAUCCUGGGGAGCCGGGAGCAAAAGGCUUACGUGGGAAGCAGGGUGUGAAAGGAGACAAAGGAGAGUCGGGAAGAGAUGGAAUUGCAGGUUUGCCUGGACCCAUUGGCAUUGAUGGGGUGCCAGGGUUACCAGGCCAGAAAGGAGAGAAGGGAGAAGAAGGAAUUGGCAUACAAGGUAUUCAAGGUGCUCGUGGAGAGCCGGGAGAAAAGGGAAAUAUCGGCUUAAUGGGACCAGUUGGCCCAAAGGGUGAUCUUGGAGAGCAGGGCAUCCAAGGAAUCAUCGGGCCUCGGGGAAAGAAGGGAUUCAAAGGGGAGCAAGGGGACAAGGGAGAACAGGGAGAGAUGGGACCAAUAGGACCACAAGGACCCACAGGACGGACAGGACCACUGGGGUUAAAAGGAGAUGAGGGUCCAAGAGGAGCUCCUGGAGAUCCAGCCAAGGGUAUAAUUGGCCCAACUGGAAAAAAGGGUGCCAGGGGAGACAUUGGUCCAGACGGCCCCACAGGCCCCCAGGGAAUAAAGGGUGAACAAGGAGUCAAAGGAGAGAAGGGCAGUCCUGGGUUCGGGAUUCCAGGACAGCGGGGACCGAAGGGAGAAAAUGGCGAGAGGGGAAACGUUGGUUUGUCUGGAAAACCAGGACCAAAAGGGCAGGAUGGCUCGAAAGGGGACAAAGGGAGUCUUGGUUUACCCGGCAAUCCUGGAGAACCAGGAUUAAGAGGUAAAGAUGGAGCAGCGGGAACUAGAGGAGACCAAGGGAUGAAGGGUGAACAAGGACCACCUGGAGAACCUGGUGACAGAGGAAUUAGGGGUCCACUGGGAUUACCAGGCCGACCAGGAGACCCAGGGGAGAAAGGAGAUACUGGGAAGCCUGGUCUGCCAGGCAGUGAUGGAAAGAGAGGCGACAAAGGGGAGACGGGAAAACCUGGACCUCCGGGAGUGCAAAUUGUGUCCGACAACAGUGUACUGACCAGAGUGAUAAAGGGAGAACCAGGAGAGUCUGGUCAGCCUGGUUUGAGGGGAGAAACAGGUCUACCUGGACCAAGAGGUCCAGAGGGGAAACCUGGACCACCAGGACCAUCUCUGGGUGGUUCAGGAAGAGAUGGACUCGGUAGUUUACCAGGGAAGCCGGGAAUGAAGGGUGAUCAGGGACAGAAAGGAGAGCCUGGUCCGAGGGGAGACAAAGGAGACCAGGGCCGGGUUGGGAUCGCUGGUAUGCCGGGUUUACCGGGAACUCCAGGGAGACCUGGGAUUGAUGGGAAGAGGGGCCUGCCAGCAAAAGAUGGAGAAAGAGGAGCCAAAGGAGAUACCGGCGAAAAGGGUGACAAAGGAGAUGCAGGUGCAAAUGGUAAAGAUGGUAGUAAGGGGGAACCGGGACCUCCAGGUUUGCCUGGAAGGCAGGUGCUUGUCACUCCAGAGGGCGCCACCGUUGAUGAAAUCCGUCAAGCAUUUCCAAUCCCAAUGGGUCCUCCAGGAGCUACUGGUUCACCAGGAAUGAAGGGCGAUAAAGGAGAAACAGGCCUGAAAGGAGACAAGGGUGAUGCUGGAGCUCCUGGAAAAUCUUUUGACAUGAAGGACAUUGAAAUGAUGUUUCAAGACUACGGCAUAAGGCUGCCUCUGCUGAAGGCUUUGAUUGACAGGCUGCUGCAGGAGGGAAUAGAGGAGCUGCUUCAUGUGCUCGGCAACUCCAAGAAAACCAAGGACAACGCAGAGACUCACACCUCCAACGUCAUCACUGAGUACACAAGUUCAGUGAAGUUCGACCUCACGGGUCAGCAGCUGGACACCAUCGAGGACCCCGGGUUAGACGUCCAGCUUCCAGAGCCUUUGUCAGUUGACCCUUUAAACGAAACUGCAGAGGGUCCCGCUUUGUGGGCCGUCACCACGCUGAACGGACAGCAGCAGCUCGACAGGAUUGACACCGAGUUAAAGGGACCCAGAGGGAAGGAGGGAGCGGAGGGGGGCAGUGAUGGAGCAGCUUCACUCAAAAUUAACCUGACUGUAGUCAAUUCUACUUUCAACUACACUACGACCCAGGAGACGGUUUCAGGGUUCCCAGAAACGGUGGUGGAGACUGUUGUCCUCACUCAGGAGGACUCUCUAAAGAACAGCUCAGGACAGAAGAAGAAGAACAGGGAACGUGGGAAGGGCAAAGGAAAUAAAGGACGACAUAAGAGGCAGAGACAACGCCUGACAAGUGAAGAGGACAGGCAAGAGGAAGAGGACGAAGAGGAGUUUUAUAACGGUGAAGAAUACAGUUAUGAAUACGAGGAAGAACGUUACCCAGAUGACCCUGCGGUCUCUCAGGAGAGGAGAGGCAACAGACAGCUUGAAGUCCAAAUAGAUGAAUUCCCCCAUCGACUGGAUAACAAGGAGGAACAAUUACCCACACACGGUCAUGCCCAGGUUGUCGUGACAACCACAGAACCACUAUCUCAAGCCACGGGUGAUACAGAAGAGGAUGAAGCGUCACUGCCUACACCUCCCAUCUCAACAGAAGAACCAGGCCAGGUGCCUCGAUCCCAAAUCAGGGUGAAGAAAAGCGCCCCCUGGCCCCGUUCUAUGGUGUUCAUGCCAGGUGCCCCGGGUGGAAGAGAUCGUUUCAAGGAGGCACAAAAACAUUUGUCCUCUGGAGCUCAAGGUUACAGCAGCUGGAAUAGGAAGAAGCAAGAAAACCCCGACCUUCAAGCAUAUUCCAGGAGGCAGAGGCAAGAGUUGAAGGAGAGCCAGCAAUACAGUGAUACAGAAAGAGAGGUUUAUACAGAAACACAAGGUGGAGGAGAGGAGCAGACUAGAGCUGACGAAGAGGAGGAGGAGCAGUGGGAAAUGGGACAAGAGAAAGGAGUAGAGACAGAUGGAUAUACAGAGACAGGCCCUGACCCAGCCAAUGGGGAGGAGGAGAGGAGCGGAGACUACGACUGGGAGACAGAGGAGGACCCAUACCCGUACCCUCCAGAGUAUUUUUACCUGAAGGGGCAACCAGGUGAGAAUGGAAAACCAGGACAAAAGGGUGAAAUUGGUGAAAAGGGACAAAAGGGCGAGCCAGGCAUCGGCCACAGGGGUCCAGAGGGCCAGGCUGGUCCUCCAGGACAGAAGGGUCAACCAGGUGAGUCAGGGCCUCCAGGUGCUCAGGGUACACAGGGUAUCCUUGGCAAUGCAGGCAUCCAGGGCUCACCAGGUCUUAGGGGUCCACCUGGGGACCCAGGAGAGCCGGGCAGAGAGGGUGACCGCGGUAAAAGGGGGAGGAAUGGAUCACAUGGAGCUCCUGGAGCUCGAGGGGCAGCAGGACCUCAGGGUCCUCCUGGUGUGCCUGGAGUAAAAGGAGAAAAGGGUGACAGUAUUCCUGGAGAGCCUGGUGCUCGAGGGUUGACUGGCUUCACAGGCAGAAGGGGGGAAAAAGGCAGUCCAGGUGUUAAAGGAGCUCCUGGGCAACUCGGUCCGAAAGGCUUGCGUGGCAGCAAAGGUGAAAAGGGGGGGCGUGGUUUGCCUGGAGUCAGAGGAGAAAGGGGGAGUGUGCUUCAGAUCCAAGGACCCCGCGGAUUUAAGGGUUCCAAAGGAGACGCGGGAGAGCGAAGCCCACCAGGUUUUGAUGGAGAUAAAGGAGAAAAGGGCGAGGACGGUCCUCCUGGAGUCAAGGGCCUAAAGGGUGAUGCAGGCACUAAGGGUGCGUUGGGCCGGUUUGGAGCACGAGGACCAGUAGGCCAAAAGGGGGACCCAGGAGAGCCAGGACUCAAUGGAGUGAUGGGUCGCAAUGGGGAUCAUGGAGUGGACGGGGCCAAGGGGGACAAAGGAGAUAUGGGACUGCAAGGCCAGAAGGGCAAUCAGGGUGAUCGAGGAGAAGCAGGCUUACCAGGAGACAAAGGGGAGAAGGGAGAAAAGGGUUUCAGGGGUUUACCUGGACGUAUUGGGACUUCAGGCCUGGAUGGAGAAAAGGGAGAUGUGGGGUUCUCUGGCACCCCUGGCGUGCCUGGACUGAAUGGACUCACGGGGAGGAAGGGUGAUAAGGGAGCAGGAGGUAUCAACGGCGCUGAUGGUGAUCAAGGACAGAAAGGAGGCAAGGGUGCAGCAGGUUUCCCAGGUUUCCCAGGGUUUAAGGGGUCAGCAGGGAGUCCAGGCAGGGACGGAGAUGAGGGACCACCAGGGCUCCCGGGACCCCGUGGGGACACAGGACCUAAGGGGGAAAGGGGCAGACGGGGCAGACUGAAGCCAUGUCAGAGGGGGGCACCCGGGACUCCAGGACUCAGAGGAGAAAGCGGUACAGUGGGCAUUGAAGGAGGAAAAGGAGAAAAGGGGGAACCUGGACUCUCUGCUGAAGAAGUGAAGGAGCUAGUCACUCAGGAGGUGGCACAAAAGUGUGGGUUGGAAUACAAGUUCAUGGUUAAGUCUGUGGAUCCUGAUGGAACAACCGCAGUGACUGAGAAGAAAAAUGAGGCAGAUGAGGUGCUGCCGUUCCUCAACCCUGUCCUGCAUGAAAAAGGUGAAGAAGAAGAGGAGGAGAAGGAUCAUGGAGACAACGCAGGAGAAAUGACCAGUCCUGCCCCAAUGAUCGAGGAAAAUGGGAUCCUACCAAACCGCACUGUUUCUCUGAAUGCAGAGUGGGGACAGAGGAAGAAAAGAAGGGUAUUUGGAACAAACACUGCUGUUCCAGCAACUGACCGCUGCCUGGAGCCGAUGUCAGAGGGGGCCUGUUCGGAGUACGUUCUGCUCUGGUACUUCCACCCUCGCUUGGGGGAAUGCAGGCCAUUUGUGUACGGGGGCUGUGGUGGGAGCAGAAACCGCUUUUCCUCGAGACAAGAGUGCCAGAGUUGGUGUGCGGUGGAGAGGAGAGGGCGGCGGUACCAGUCAGAUCACAGAUGAAACAUGCAUUGUAACAGCUAGUCAGAAAAGGAAGAAAUUCUUCUUUAAAAAGGGUUUGGUUGUACAGUAUGAAUACAGUAGAUCUAUCACAUGUGCAGUAUUUUCAGGUACUGAAGAUAAAACUAGCAAUCCCAUACAAGAAAGUCAUUUUUGUACAUAACUGUGUAAAAUGUUUUAUACUGGAUUUAUUUAUAUAGUUGAACAGCUGUUUCUUGAGUUUUAUUGACAAAGGUGUUGCAAAUCAAAAUGUGAAUGUUAAAAACAUGUUAGUUUUGUGAUUUUUUUCUGCAACAGACUCACUUUAG